AUGUCGUCUACUCCGUCACUUUACUGCUCGUUCAAGCACCCAAGAGAUAUCCGCCUGCUGCGCAUUCAGCAUAAGAAAAAAUCCGAAAGGAUUGAGAUCGACUUUGAUCAUUUUGGACUCGACACGGGUGUACAAUAUAUGGCUCUUUCCUACGUCUGGGGUAAUCCGUCACCGCCAUCUUGGGUGACCUGUAAUGGCCGUCGUGUACCCGUUACCCGCAACCUCUGGGAAGUCUUGUCCUGUCUGCAGAAAACCGGAUUCAAUGGUUGGCUAUGGGUAGAUGCUAUCUGUAUAAAUCAGCAAGAUGACAAGGAGAAGGGUGUCCAGGUCAGCAUGAUGCGAGACAUAUACAAGCAAGCCGCGAAAGUUAUAUUUUGGCUUGGGAAACAAGAGCAA